UAAGGAACUUUCAAUCAUCUCAAGUGGUCCUCUGCCUCCUUCGUGAUCGUCCAUGCUUACGAACCUGAUCACAGCCAGCAAUUCUAAUGGAACCGAUCCAGUCCUUAUGUCUUGGAGACGGAGCUGCACUUUCGAGAGAGACCAGCUGCUCAUUGAAAGCCACUGAGGACAUCUGGUUUGGGUGUUGUUCCUGUACCUAUGACACCAGAGAUCAGCAUGGGAUCGUGAACCACCUGGUUGCCCAUGGUGAUGGACAAUCCAAGAGCCAGCAUCCUCCCGUGUCCUCUCACUCCAGGUCCAAAGUGCCAAGCAACACUCAAAAGCACAAAAGCAACAAGUUAUUUAAGUGCAAGCAGUGCCCUCGAGCCUUUUCUCGUAAUAGUGCUCUAAUCUUACAUAAUCGAACACACUCGGGUGAAAAGCCAUUUAAGUGCAAGCUGUGCCCCCGAGUCUUUGCUCAGAAUGGCGAUCUGAUCCGCCAUAACCGAACACACUCAGGUGAAAAGCCAUUUAAGUGCAAGCUGUGCCCCCAAGCCUUUUUUCAAAAUAGUGCUCUGAUCUUACAUAAUCGAACACACUCGGGUGAAAAGCCAUUUAAGUGCAAGCUGUGCCCCCAAGCCUUUGCUCAGAAUGGCGAUCUGAUCCGCCAUAACCGAACACACUCAGGUGAAAAGCUAUUUAAGUGCAUGCUGUGCCCCCGAACCUUUGCUCGAAAUACCCAUUUGCAAAGCCAUAACCAAACACACUCGGGUGAAAAGCCAUUUAAGUGCAAGCUGUGCCCCCAAGCCUUUUCUCACAAUUCCAGUCUGAUCCGCCAUAAUUAA